AUGAGUCAGCAGCGGCCGGCGAGGAAGCCGCCCAGCCUCCUCGUGGACCCGGCGGAGGAGACGGUUCGCCGCCGCUGCCGAGACCCCAUCAACGUGGAGGGCCUGCUGCCAUCAAAAAUAAGGAUUAAUUUAGAAGAUAAUGUACAGUAUGUGUCCAUGAGAAAAGCUCUAAAAGUGAAGAGACCUCGUUUUGAUGUAUCACUGGUUUAUUUAACUCGAAAAUUUAUGGAUCUUGUCAGAUCUGCUCCUGGGGGUAUUCUCGACUUAAACAAGGUUGCAACAAAACUGGGAGUACGAAAACGAAGAGUAUAUGACAUCACCAAUGUCUUAGAUGGAAUCGACCUAGUUGAAAAGAAAUCUAAGAACCAUAUUCGAUGGAUAGGAUCUGAUCUUAACAAUUUUGGAGCAGUACCACAACAAAAGAAGCUGCAGGAGGAACUUUCUGACUUGUCAGCAAUGGAAGAUGCUUUGGAUGAAUUAAUUAAGGAUUGUGCUCAGCAGUUGUUUGAGUUAACAGAUGACAAAGAAAAUGAAAGACUAGCAUAUGUGACGUAUCAAGAUAUUCAUAGCAUUCAAGCCUUCCAUGAACAGAUUGUUAUUGCAGUUAAAGCUCCAGCAGAAACCAGAUUGGAUGUUCCAGCUCCCAGAGAAGAUUCUAUCACAGUUCACAUAAGGAGCACCAAAGGACCUAUUGAUGUUUAUUUGUGCGAAGUGGAGCAGGAUCACUCAAGUAAUAAAAUGUCUGAAGAUGUAGGGACCUCUUCAUCUGAAAGCAAACUUCCAGAACACCCUGAGAGAGAAGAAAAUCCUCCUCAGCAAAGUGAAGAAUUUCUUGAAGUGAGCAACUGAUAGCAUUUGAGAAUUCACGUAUUGAGUGUUUCUGGGAACAUCCGAUGUGGGUAAAUUAUGCAUCGAAUCUGAUUUCCAGAGCAAUAAGUCAUCUGUGAAGUGCUCUCGUCUCAGUAGCAGCAUUAAGGCCAGUAGUAUCUUUGAGUAGUAGUUCACUACUGAGAUUACUGGAUAAUUGUGGUUUCCACAGUCGAAACAACUCUUUUUAUAGUUACUCACUGCUUUUUGUCAGUGAAAUAGACAUCUUCCCUCCUGAAAUAACGUCAUCACAAAGAGUAUCAUGAAAGCAGACGGUCAGGCCUGAAACGGACAGUUCUUCGUGGGCUCUACCCUUUCCUUCAAGGAUCAUGUCGUAUGUCACAAAAGAAAUUGCCUUACACUGGUUCAUGUUUGCAGUUAACUGCUGUACACUGGAUAAGUGUACACAAGAAUCUAAAUGUGAUGUCUUUGUAUAUAUCUGUAUAAUGUUUAGAUUAUUAUGAAUUGUGUCUAAGUGACACUUUUCACCCUUGUACAGCCAAAAUAAUGUAUAUAUGGAAAGUGACAAAUUCUCUAAUUUCCUUAGUAUGUAUAACUUAUUAGAAUCCUCUGGAUGAGGGUUAAAGGAGAGUUUUUCCAAACUUCUACAUGCAGAGGUAUCAAAUGUACUAUACAUUUAAGUUCAUGGCUUUGAAGUAUUUUAAUAUGGUUCCCAGUGCUGAAAUUGGAGUCAGAUACUUCUUAAUUUCACGUUCUCUACAGAGUUACCAUGUCCUGGCAGAUUGGUGGCAAACCAAAGUCUUGGGGCAACUGUAGAAAUGCUGUCAGGUAAUAGCUUAAUUCAUUGUGAAACAUGAAUGCAAUCAUGGUGAAAAUUGAAAACUAUUUUAAGCUUUUUGCAAGCAGAUUUUGUAAUGUGUUUCUGUAUGCAGCCUUGCUCUUCAAUCAAAGGGGUUUUACUUAUGAUGAGUUGUAACCUGCCCUCUCUCCAGCUCUAGUCCCAUGUUUCCACAUAUCUAGCUAUUUCUACCUCAUUAGGUAAGUCAUUUACCACUCUGUGCCUCAGUUUACUCGGUAGUUUACCAUUAGACUGUGAGCUCCUUGAGGGACUUUGUCAUAAUCAUCGUUAUAUCCCAGCGCCUUGUAACAUGCCUGGCCCAUAAAAAGUGCUCAAUAAACAUUUGAACAAAUCA